AUGAGGUUAUUGCAAUUAGGCUUCUUCCUAGCUUUAGCUUCUGGUCUCUCUGCACUUCUCAUCUACAUCACCGGCGUCUCCGAUCUACAUACGACCAAUUCGCUAUCGAAUCAAGAUUUGGAAGCGUUGCAGUCUCUACAAAACGGUUUCAAGAAGUGCGUGAGUGUAAAUGGAUUAGGUUUACAAGCUGUGGCUACAGGAAGUGAUUACUGUCACGUUACUAUACAUUUUCCUAGUUAUACUGUCCCGAAAUGGAAAGAUCCAAAGACGGGAAAACUUGAAGGAUUAUCGUUCGAAUUUAAUCUAUGUGAAGCUGUGGCUACUUGGGAACAGGUGCGGAAUAGUACUACAAUACUCACGAGGGAGUUCAUUGAUGCUUUACCGAAUGGAUGGGAGGACUAUGCAUGGCGUAGGAUCAAUAAAGGAGUACUUCUUAACCACUGUGAGAACAGAACUUUAUGCUUGGAGAAACUCUCACUAGUUCUCCCUGAGACACCACCAUAUGUUCCGAGGCAGUUUGAUCGAUGUGCUGUUAUUGGUAAUUCUGGAGAUCUUCUGAAAACAAAGUUUGGAAAGGAAAUUGAUGAUUAUGAUGUUGUUAUUAGAGAAAAUGGCGCCCCAAUUGAGAACUAUACAGAAUAUGUGGGCAAGAAAAGUUCAUUCCGUCUUCUUAACAGGGGAUCUGCUAAAGCCCUUGAUAAAGUUGUAGAGUUAGAUGCAACAAGAAAGGAGGUCUUGAUAAUCAAAACAACAAUACAUGACGUUAUGAACAAGAUGAUUCGGGAAGUCCCAAUAAACAAUCCUGUAUAUCUCAUGUUAGGUGCAUCUUUUGGAUCAGCAGCUAAAGGAACUGGACUCAAGGCUCUUGAAUUUGCUCUCUCUAUGUGUGAGUCAGUUGAUAUGUAUGGUUUCACUGUGGAUCCAGGAUACAAAGAAUGGACAAGAUACUUCUCAGAAUCCAGGCAAGGUCACACUCCUCUACACGGAAGGGCCUACUACCAGAUGAUGGAGUGCUUGGGUCUUAUCAAAAUCCAUUCUCCUAUGCGAGCUGAUCCAAGCCGUGUUGUCCAUUUGGUACCAAGCCAGAGCACAAUUACAGCUGCUAGAAUUGCAUCAGAGAAAUUGCUGAGGAGGGUUGGAGCAGGAUCUGAAGACCCACUGCGUGCAUGCUCCAUUAGAAAGAAGCUAGCUAAAAGAAAGUCUACAGCCGUUUUUGGUCUCAGAAAGGCUGCUGUAGAUCAUCAAAAAUUCGUUAAAGGCACAACCAUGUAUCCUUUGGAGCACCAUCCUGGACACGGUCUGCUUUGCACACUUCCAACAGAUUGA